UCUCUCGAGUCAGCCGUCAAGUCGCUGUCUCCCGAUUUUAACUUUCCUCCGUCUUUAUAUCACCACUAUGUCCAAAACCAUUAAGGAUCUCACCGCUGGGACAGCCGGAGGUAUUGCUCAAGUGCUUGUCGGGCAACCAUUCGACAUCGUCAAAGUGCGAAUGCAAACAGCCCCGAAUGGAAUGUACUCUGGUAUGAUGCACUGUGCAGGAGGAAUCCUUAAAAACGAGGGGCCUUUGGCGUUCUACAAGGGCACUCUUACACCCCUUCUCGGAAUCGGUGUCUGUGUCUCAAUCCAGUUUGGUGUUAUAGAGUACAUGAAGCGUCUCUUCACUCAUCGGAAUAUCGCUUCCGGUAUUGGAGAGUCGACAGGCAAAGAUCUCAAUGCGGGUCAGCUGGUUGCAUCAGGCGUUGCAGCAGGGCUUGCCAACGGUUUUGUGUCCGGUCCUGUGGAACAUAUUCGUAUCCGUCUUCAAACACAACCUUCAAUCAAUCCGCCGUAUAACGGCCCGUUCGAUGCUAUGAGAAAGAUCUACACCGCACACGGCAUCGGAGGGAUCUUCAAAGGUCAAGGCGUAACAUUCCUUCGUGAAGCUACAGGAUACGGAGUUUACUUCCUCGCUUACGAAAAACUUGUUCAGCGGGAGAUGCGGUUAAAGGGAAUAAAGAGAGAAGAGUUAAGCCCAAUGAAUGCUGUGCUGUAUGGGGCGGCAGCGGGUUAUGCUCUAUGGGCUGUAAUAUACCCUAUUGAUAUGAUAAAAUCCCGGAUGCAGACAGAUGGUUUUACUCCUACCACUGGUAGAAAGUAUGCCUCCUCCCUCGAUUGUGCAAAACAGGUGUGGCGAAGUGAGGGUCCGAAAGCGUUCUUGAGAGGGCUUGGACCAACAUUGAUCAGGUCCCCAUUCGCUAACGGUGCUACAUUCCUUGGAUUCGAGAUGGCGAAUCGAUUCCUGAACUCUCUUUGAGGUAUUCGGUGCUCCACUGUAUCUAGUGGUGGGGGUCCGUAUUGACAGAACCCUCGAUUUAUAUCAGAUUUAUGUAGAUAAUUCAGGUAGAGGAUUGCAUAGUUAGAAUUAAUUAAGUCAACCGCAUAGUUACUGCAGAUACCCAUAGAUGCGCGUGCGUAAUAAUGACUAUGUUACACUUCGAACUAAAUCUGUCC